AUGGACUCGUCUCGAAGACCCCAGCUGCCAGCACUGAGCUAUUUGGACAUUGACAAGGUGAAGCGUGAGGAGGAAUACUACCAGCAUCGACAUACAGCCAGCGGAGCUUCGAAAAGUUUGUCGUCCAGCGCUGGUGCAAGCCCGACCUAUCAAUACCCUUCUGGUCCUCCUCCGCCCUACAGCCAUACCCACGGGGCGAAUCCACAGCCCACGAUGCAUGCAAACAAUUGGUCAGGCAACCAACAGGCUGUUCACACGCCACCGGCUCGAGAACAUGAACGGGAAGGAGCCAAACAGAACGCACGACAAUCACUGCCCUCCAUCUCCGAGGCUUUAGGCGUGGAUCGCCAGACGCCCUUCGCGACUUCACAACCACAACCACCGGCACCGCAGCCUUCAGCGCAGCACUCUCACCCACACAUCGCGAGGCCCCCCUCUACUGCUCCGGCGUCGCCACCUGCAGCUACCCGACGCUCAUAUCCUAUGGAUCCUCCGGCGCCUACGUCCUAUCCAAGUGGCGGCAACGCCUACUCUUCUCACUUCCCACAUCAACGCCCGGAGGCAACACAGCAGCCAUACUAUGCACCGGCGCAGGGACCAGCACCUGAACAGCAGACUCCGUCUCGCAUGAACGCGCAUCAGACAGGGCCGUCACAACCUGCGAGCUAUUCUCGCCCGUCGGAGUCGUACGAGCCAUCACUGCCACCUCCACCACCACCGUCGCAAUCCCAUUCUGCCGGCAGCAUGGCCCCUCCUGCAGUGCCGUAUGGUUAUACCCCUUAUCCUCCGCGAUAUGCCAGCUCUACACCAGCUCCUCCGCCACCUGCACCUGCAGCACCGGCUCAGAGCRUCUCGUCAGGACCAAUUUACCAGCCGUCAACCUUGUACGCACCGCCGCAAUCCGCAUCUUCUGGGUGGAAGGCGGAAACAAACGCCCGUUUCGAGGAUCGUCAAUCUGGUCCUGCCGCCUACGGCGACAACGUGAAAAGACACUUGGACUUCUAUGACUUGGAAUCAGCAUUGAAUGAGAUUGCCUCAACAAGCGGGAUCCUCAGCGACUUUUCCCGACGAUAUGGCGACCGUAUGCAUCAUACGCAGCGCUCCGGGCCUGCGCUGUCGACACUUCCUGGUAUCGUCGAAGUGGACGACAUGGUGUCCAAAUCGCGCGUGCAGCUAGACUCACUUUUAAAAAUUCGUGAUGUCAUUCUCGCACAGCAGGCCGUCUACGAGCAGCAAGCAGCAGAUCAACGCCACCAUAAGGCGUUCAAUGAGCCUUCUCAUCAGGCUCAAGCAGACUCCGGUCAACAGGAAAGCGAUGACGGAAAGGGUGGAGGAUUCGCAGGCGUCGACACCAAGAAACGACGAGGACGGGCAGCACCUCCCGGACGCUGCCACAGUUGCAACCGUGCAGAAACACCUGAGUGGCGGCGAGGACCCGACGGAGCUAGAACCUUGUGCAAUGCUUGUGGACUGCAUUACGCCAAACUCACCAGGAAGAACCAGGGGACCAACAAAAACACCGCCGUCAGUGGRGGUGGCGGCUCCAAUCUUCGCCCCAAGGAGGAUAUUGGCCAGUGA